GGCUCCGCGCCUGUCAAACCCCUCAUUGUUCGCAGCUGAUGUCACUCGCAGUUGUGAGCGGCCGCCUCUCCCGGGGACAAUGUGGGACUGAGCGGCCCAGCCGCCUCGCCGCCGUCGCAGGACAGCCCCAGCGAGCCACAUUCCCAGGGAGCCUCUAGACCUGGAAAAACAGCAGGAACAGGGGCUGCAGGUGCUUUGGAAGGAGCUGGGAAUCUUGUAUAGGCCCCCUUCCCUGCUGGCCACUCUGGCUGUAAGACAUACCUGACUCAAGAAACCAGAGGCUGGAAUUUGUACAGCCUAGGCUGCUCUCCUGCAGUCUCCUCCUAAGCCUCCUCCAUCCAAAGUUAGAUGUGAUGGGUCAUGAUGGGAGGCUGAAAACCGAGGCUGGUCCAUGGCUCUGAGGAUGCUAGGGCAGAUCCUGCAUCCUUGCUGAUGAGCCAGAGCCAGCCAGGCCACAGUGUGGACACACCCCCAGGCCACUGUGGCCCCAGCCCCGCCUGACAGGAUGAGCAGUUCAGAUGCGGGGCUGGAGGAGGAGCCAGAGCUUAGCAUAACCCUCACACUACGGAUGCUGAUGCAUGGGAAGGAGGUGGGCAGCAUCAUUGGAAAGAAGGGAGAAACUGUCAAGCGGAUCAGGGAGCAGAGCAGUGCCCGGAUCACCAUCUCUGAAGGCUCCUGCCCUGAGCGCAUCACCACCAUCACUGGUUCCACAGCCGCUGUCUUCCAUGCAGUCUCCAUGAUUGCUUUCAAGCUGGAUGAGGACCUCUGUGCUGCUCCUGCAAAUGGUAGCAGUGUCUCUAGGCCUCCAGUGACUCUGCGCCUUGUCAUCCCUGCCAGCCAGUGUGGCUCACUGAUAGGGAAGGCUGGCACCAAGAUCAAGGAGAUCCGAGAGACUACAGGUGCCCAGGUGCAGGUGGCAGGGGACCUGCUCCCUAAUUCCACAGAGCGUGCUGUCACCGUGUCCGGGGUGCCUGAUGCCAUCAUCUUGUGUGUGCGCCAGAUCUGCGCUGUUAUUUUGGAGUCCCCACCCAAAGGAGCCACUAUUCCAUACCAUCCGAGCCUCUCCCUAGGUACUGUCCUCCUUUCUGCCAACCAGGGCUUUUCUGUUCAGGGUCAGUAUGGAGCUGUGACCCCUGCUGAGGUCACCAAGCUCCAGCAGCUCUCAGGCCAUGCAGUCCCCUUUGCCUCACCCAGUGUGGUGCCAGGACUGGAUCCCAGUGCACAGACCAGCUCCCAGGAGUUCCUGGUUCCCAAUGACCUGAUUGGCUGUGUGAUCGGGCGUCAGGGCAGCAAGAUCAGCGAGAUCCGGCAGAUGUCAGGGGCACAUAUCAAGAUCGGGAACCAAGCAGAGGGUGCUGGUGAGCGGCAUAUAACCAUCACUGGCUCACCAGUCUCCAUUGCCCUGGCCCAGUACCUCAUCACUGCCUGUCUAGAGACGGCCAAGUCUACCUCUGGGGGGACGCCCGGCUCAGCCCCCGCAGACCUGCCUGCCCCCUUCUCGCCGCCCCUGACGGCCCUGCCCACGGCUCCCCCAGGCCUGCUGGGCACACCCUAUGCCAUCUCCCUCUCCAACUUCAUCGGCCUCAAGCCUGUGCCCUUCUUGGCUCUACCACCUGCUUCCCCAGGGCCACCACCGGGCUUGGCGGCCUACACUGCCAAGAUGGCAGCAGCCAAUGGGAGCAAGAAAGCUGAGCGGCAGAAAUUCUCCCCCUACUGAGGCCAGCUGAGGCACAGGCGGGGGCAGGCAGGACCUCCGGCAGGGUCUGCCUCCACAUCCUACCUGUCCAAGGAAACUCCACCCUGGGGUCCCAAACGCAGCCGCUAAUGCCAGACGCAUGGAUACACCCCCUACCUUGCCCAUCUUUGGAGUUCCUACUUUUGGAAAAGGGGCAGUUUUAGGCCCAGGGUUUUGGGAGCUGCGGCAGCCCUAGGCCAGAGGACCCCAUCUUCAGCUCUGGGAGCAGCCAGGGGCCUCCCUAGUGCCCCACCAUGGGGGAUCCAUGUAUUCUCCAUCCCUUAGGGCUCCCCACCUACUGCCCCUCCCCCCAGUGGGAAUCAAGGAGGCCAGGGGCCAAGCUUCUCUCCAACUCCCUGCAGAUUCCCGCUGCUUCCAUGGAUAACACUUUUUGACUGGAAUGGACUGGCUGGGCAACCCAAAGAGGGGGCUCUGCUGGGUGGCUGGGGGAGUGGCUUGGGGGGCAGGGGCCCAAGCAGCAGACACUCUGUACAGUUUUUUCAAUCCCUGUUUUUGAAUAAAUAUUCUCAGCGACCAG